AACAGGUCAAGGUAAAGUGAGAGAAAAAUGCCUCGCACGAUAAUUAAUACGGACUAUUUGAUAUAAAAUCAAAUAAUCUCGAGAGUUUUUGAUUUGAAAUAAUAUUUAAACAUUAUGUGAAUUACAAGACAUGAGAAUGACUAAAAGCAUGUAUAAUGGACUUUCGUAGUGUAUAUAGCGUAUGUUGGACUUCGUAUUUAGAGCAGGAUAUUUAAACUAAUCGUUAACAAGGAAGGAAGGAACAAGAAAAAUGAAAUUAUUCAGUUAUCUUGUUUUUCUCAUGGCAAUAAAAAAAGGAAAUCCAGACAAGUUAAUGUCUAAUGCUACAAUGAACUGGAUUGAGGCUCAAAGGUUUUGUCAAGAUAAAGGAACGAUAUCAAGGAAGACAAAACUGGACUUAAAUGAACGUCCAACCGCCAGUAAAACCGGCAAAUACUGGACUCGAGUGUAUACAAAGAGAAGUCGCUUGAUUCACUCAUAUGGUUUGGUUAUAAUUCUAUCAAUUAUAAGAAACGUUGGGUAACUGUCAGAUCUGUAGAAUAAUGUUAAUUCAUACUGGUACCGGAAUCUGAGAAAAAAGUCUAUUGUAUUGGAUUUCCUGAUUUGAUGAAUUAAUCCAUCCUUCCUCUUUGAUAUGGUUUUGUACUCUGUAGUCUAUAUAUAAUCAGGGGGAAACACUUUUUUUUACUCACGUGACGAAAUAAGGAAUGUUAAGACUAACGAAAAAGAUGAGAGAGAUGGACUUUUUAAACAAUUAGUGGUAUAUAUGGAAAUUAAUUCAAUGAAGGAGUAAACGUCUAUAAAUUCGUUAUGUUAUGUUGUAUAAUCUAAUUUCAUAUUAAGGAAGUUAGCUCCUAAGCUUUUGAGUAUAACUGCGCAGGAUGCUACAGCUAAGUAUGCACUGGUUCAAUACUGAUACCAUUGGUGCAAAUAUAUUACACAUCUAUUGCUGAACCCUAUCCAGUUGAAAAAUUUUGUGUCAAUUCAAAUUUUGAAAGAGUUUGACAAGGACUAUAUUUUAUGGCGGAAAGAUUCACUAAUCAAAACUUUCUAAUUCUCCAUGAUAUUACAGUUUUUUUUUCAUCCAAUGUAUCGUCUAUUUUUAUACCCCUAUACGUGUAUUUCAGUUUUAUAAUUCAUGAUACAGGUAGUUGAGACUUGGAACUAUUGAAAUAUUGGAAUUUAUUAACUUGGUUGAUAUAUUUUUCCAAACAGAACACCGAUUCUUAAAAAAGUUGUAAUUAAUUUACUCAAAAUUUUGUAUACAAAUUCAGUAUUUUCGCCAAUAAUUCAAAAAUUUGAUCUCCAACCCCCACUUUUUAGAGUUGCAAUUUAAAUUGGAAGAUCAGACCUUGAAAAUUGUGUAAAAUUUUAGAAAUUGACAUUACUCCUAAUAUGUCCUUUUAAACUCUCAAUUUUGAUAUCAUGAAGUUUUUCGUAUAUCAAGUGCAAAAAGGUCAUUAUUUAUAUCCUUUACUAGCAUUAAUUUCUUAUUUCAUCUGUGCUGUUAGAGGACAUGAUUAUGUAUCUAUCUUAUGUAAUGAUUGAUUUGUGUUGCUUAUGUUGUGUUGACAUUAACAGAAAAAUCAAGUUUAAUUGAAUAAAUUUUAAGUGCAAAAAGGUCAUAUUCAGAACACUAUAGCUCAAUAACAAGCGUUGCGACCCCAGUUUUUCUUUUUAAUUUCGUAAUUCUCCUUCAAUGUAGAAAUAAAAAAUACAUUUCCCAAACAAUUGACAUUACUCCAAAGUCAGGUGUGAACCUCUUUAACAUGAUAAUUACGAAUUGAAUUUAUGACAAAAAUAUGUCUAUGGUCGUUAAUGUACACGGUGGAAUACUGUAUAACAAUGGGUACACCAGGAAACAAACUUCGUGAACUAAAAAUAAAGCGAGGUCUUCCUUCCUUGAUGGAACUAACAAAUCUCUCACUUUAUUUUAAAAGAUAUUCUCAGGAAAAAAGUUGAUUAUGUAUAUAAAGUUAUUGUUGUGAUCGUGCAUCUAGUCUUGACUUACAGUAAAAUCACACUACGUAAGCUUUCAAGUUCAGUUUCAACAGUCGGUUGGUAAACUGUAGAUGAAGACCUUAGGAUCUUAGAAAAUGCUAUGUUUUACAUUUUGUACGAAUUUGAAGUUUCAUAAAUAAUUUUUUUAUUUAUGUUUUGUAUGCUUCUUUAUUUGUUUAACGUCCAUUUAAGAAUUUUCACUCAUAUCAAGACGUUACCAGCUGUAGGUAAAGCGACACAAAUUCUGACCAUGCAUGAUGCUCACGGUUGUAACAGUAAGAGUUCUGUAUCAUGUCAAAGCCAAUCGCAACACGAGACCUCUGUCUAAACGUCUCGUUUGAAAUACAACGACUAUCACUUCUUAAUGCCAAACGUUCGGCGAAGGAGUCGCCGCUGUCUAUUUUUCCAUCUUGGAUUUGACGCGGUCAAGGUACGAUGGGACCUCUAGCCCCCGCCCCGGUCACAAUUAAAAUGAUGUUUUCACGAAGAAGCGGUGAAAAAUCUUACUAAGCUUAAUCAAACAACGAAAGAAAAAAUAUCACCAGGCAAAUGUCAAGAUAUUUGUCUGGGUGAAACAGUCGGAUAUGAUACAUUUGCAAUAAAGAAUAUGCCUUUUUUCUGAAGCAACUUGUACUGAAAUAAAAAGUGUUUUGACCAUAGAAAUCCAUAGGUUACGUUUGGAGAUGGGAAAGGGGAAAGGGGAGAAGACGUGUGCAUGUCUGUCUGAACCUCCGGCUUUUACCACUAAACGAUUACCCGAUGUUACAAAGAAGAGAUUCUGUGAUUAUAAGCAAUCCUUCUACGUUUACCGAACUGAUGACGGUGACUUCUAUCAAUCAAAGUCAGAACAUCGCAUAUCGAAAAACGAUGAGGAUGUAUGUGUUCAACUUCUUUGUGACAAACACAAUACAACCAGAUUUAGUAGAGUUAGCUGUGAAUCCAUGGGACAUGCACUCUGUACAAAUAGAGUUAUCAAAGGAAACUUGACAUGGGAAGCCGCUUUUAAAAAGUGUGUGGAGGAAUCAACUAACACUUCUGCUGAGACUCUGAAAGCUGACAUCGAUUUAAGCUCGAAUCCAUGGAAUGUCUGUACCAGCAAUAACAUUUCAGUCAACCAAGCGGUGUGGCUUGGUAUUCGAACUAUCGAGUAUGACGCUGAAUAUGAAAAUGAAGAGGAGUCUGAUAUAGAAGAGGCAACACGUUGUCAAAGUUGCAAAAAUGAUUGCAAAUUUGAAAACUGCGGUGAAUUUCGACUAGCUGCAUGUGAACCUAAGUUAUUGAAACGUGUAACGGACAAUACAAAUGUUCCAGUCAGUGCAAACUACCAAAGCAAGAUGUCAAAUGUUCCAACAAAACCCCAAAGCACACCUAAGACAAAACCAACUCGUUCCAACGUUCCAACAAAACCCCAAAGCACACCUAAGACAAACCCAACUCGUUCCAACGUUCCAACAAAACCCCAAAGCACACCUAAGACAAAACCAACUCGUUCCAACGUUCCAACAAAACCCCAAAGCACACCUAAGACAAACCCAACUCGUUCCAACGUUCCAACAAAACCCCAAAGCACACCUAAGACAAAACCAACUCGUUCCAACGUUCCAACAAAACCCCAAAGCACACCUAAGACAAAACCAACUCACAAAAAGAAUUCCCUGACCCCUAGUACUGACAGCCGUUAUCGGUCUACAACUGAGGAGAGUAAUUCGCCACGCACUGAUCCACACUAUACGUCUAUAGCUACGGAAAUCACUGAAGCCAAUGCCUUCAAAGAUCUAUUUGGAAAUAAAUAUACAACGAUCAUUUACAUUAUAUCAGCAGUGCUGGUAGCCAUUGCGAUAGUAAUGUGUUCAUCAUGCAUUUACUUCAGGAAGAAACGCCAGGGAAAAGAAACUAUGGGAGGGAAUGCAGAUCCAUCCAACACGUGUCACGCAAACCUUGUGGCUAAAACUGACAUUUAUGAACUUGCUGAUAACUCGAAAAUGAUCCCGUUGUAUUCUGUGGCUGAAAGCAUCAACACGGGCAAAGCUGAUGUCGGAAGAAGAAUUUUGGAACAGGAGGACGGAGUAGAAACGACUGAAAUAAAAUUAACUGUCAGAGACGACAUAUAUAAUCAUCUUGGGGAGGUCGCUACGUCCGAUCAUCAAUCAGAAAACAUUUAUGAUCAUUCCACGCAGCGAGAUGUUGACAGAGAUGAAUCUCUCUAUGACGUCACAAAGAAAGAAACCAACAUACAGGUCAUCCCUGACCCGACAUACGGUCAUAUUUCCCCGUGAAACAUGACGAAAUUGUGAGAAAUAACAUGUUAGUUCAUAAGGACAAUUUCACUAACGUGCUGGAGGCCGGAAUCCGUAGUCUUUAAUAUCUUCUCCAUACAGUGUUGUUUAUUAGAUGUGUUUGACUACGGUGACAGGGGACAGGUUUUUGGGCUCUGAAAGACAUGGGUGGAUAAUAGUUUGCACCAAUCUAUAUACUAGGAAUCAUGAAAAGAACUUGUGUCUGACAUUAAAUUGCAGCAUUUGCACAACCAGAUUUAAGUUUUCAUGCAAAUAGCAUAUCAUUUGUUGUAGAGAACAGAUCGAGCUAAAAUGAAUUAAAACGAUAAAUGCAAUUUCA